CGACUCACUAGCGGAAGUGCACAGCUCCUGUCUCCGGUAAUAUGUGACCCUUUUUUUUUUUUGCCUUGAUGCCUGAGCCGUGACUGGAGCGGAGAGGUCCAGCCGUGUGCCAGGUCUAGGACCAUGAGUGACCAAGCUGAAGAUCUCAGUUUAUUAACACCACAGAAUGCGUCAGAGCCCCCGAAGGAGGAAGACGCACACAAUGCUCAACACUUCAGGGUGCAUGUGUUUGAUGAGCUGCCCUGUGAGGACGUCAAGAAGUGCACCAGAGGCUCAUGUCAGUGUUGUCAGCAUGCUGAAUUUGGUGCAGAGCUCCCGGCCGCUGAGAGAGAAAAGUAAGCUGCAGGGAAACUGUGUGCACGAGCUCAUCUCUCUCCCUCCAUCCUCGGCCUCGUCCCACACCGUCAGCAAGUACAACUCACAGUACCAUAAACUCUUCCACAACGUCCCCAAGGAGGAGAACCUCAUGAAGGUGUACUCCUGCGCUCUGCUGCGAGAUAUCCUCCUACAAGGCCGACUCUACAUCUCCCGAAACUGGCUCUGUUUCUACACAAAAAUCUUUGGGAAGGACAUAAAGGUGUGCAUCCCUGUAGUUUCUGUCCGACUGGUAAAGAAACACAAGACAGCGGGCCUCGUCCCAAACGGCCUGGCCAUCACCACAGACAGCAGUCAAAAGUAUGUCUUUGUGUCUCUGCUGUCCAGAGACAGUGUGUAUGACGUACUGAGGCAGAUCUGCACACACCUACAGGUCAAUGGCAAGAAGAGCCUCAGCUUCAAGCAGUACAUGGACAAGCCGACGUCUUUAUCUCUGCAGGAGUUCCCCGUCCCCGGUGAGUACCCAGUGGCUGUAGAUGAGUUCACUCCAGUGCUGAAGUGGAGGAGGAAGCCGUCGGUGGUGUCUGUGUCUUCGUCCCUGCCUGAUCUACUAGGAAACUCCACCAGCAGCCUGAGUGCCGUCGACACGUCGUUUCAGCCCAGCGAACCUCUCCAGGAGAGAGCUCUCGAGUCUGAGAAGAUCCUCCUCACAGAGCCUGUACAAGAACUGGGCCAGAUGGAGUACCAGCUGCUGAAGUUCUUCAUCCUGCUAAUUAUCCUCCUCAUCCUGUCCUCGUGUUACCUGACGUUUCGUGUAUGCAGUCUGGAACAGCAACUCUUGUUCCUCAGCAGGAAAGCAGCGCUCCCCCUGCAGGAGAGGUAGCUGAUGGUGUCCGGGCAGCACUGACCCAAACACGAAGCAGGCCAACUCACUUUGUAUCGCUGCAGUGAUGCGGAGACGCCAGCCUGUUUCCUUAUGUGAUUUUUGCAUCGAGGGAUUAAAUGAAGACAGGAUGUGGCCCUGCAGGUUUUUCAGUGCUGCUGGAUGGAGGAAGAAUCGAGCCGCAGGUCAUAUAAUGAGCACUUAGAAGCACGUCUGUGCACUGGAACAGGAACAGCUGGUGAAGAAACCUCCUGCAGGAAUAUUGAUUGUACAUCCGAGACCUUUAGUUGGCUCUUAAUUUCUGGAAUCGAACAGCAUUCACGCCUUGACCUCUUCAAGCACACGGUGUGAUGGAUGAAGGCAGGUCUGAUCUGCUCAGUCAGCCAUGUUUCAUUGCUCAUCUAAAGUGAUUAAGGAAUUUUACAGAUGACGAUACAGGAAGACCUAAAGGUCAAAACACACACAAAAAUUUUUCAUUAUGCAAAUAUGACUGACUCUCUCUCUAACUCUCGGUCUAUCAUGUGCUCCGGAUUUAAUUUUCUAUUUCUUUCGCGUUUAUGAUUCUGCACAUUUCCAACAGUUUCACUUGAAUUCGUCGUCACUACUGAGUAACAUGCUUUUACAGGAGUUUAACAGGAGAAAAUCUGGAUUUAUUUAUUUCCUCAAGCCGAUGCCUAUAUUUCUGUUGCACUCAGGACAGACAUUACACUCAACGCAGAUGAACGCAAAAGCAAAUAUGUUUUUAUUUAUGUAUUUUAUGGAAGACGAUAAUGUGAAGCUGGAUCGCCUGACCAAGUCAGUGCAUUAUUAUAUAUUUACAAGUUAUACUAUACUGGUAGGAAGAAAAGUACUUCCUAAUGCAUCUUCCUUCUGUACUAUUUACUGUUUUACAGGAAAUAUAACCCCGUUUAUAUUUAUAUAUUUAUCAGUAAUAGCUGAACCUGCACAUUAUGUCAGCUGUGAAUGCAGGACAUGUUUAAAUAAGACACUGAAGCACGAGCAUGCAGGUAUCAGGGAAGAAACUUUGAUGGAUGUUCUGAACAUCUGGCACAAAAGAAUUUUGAGGGAUUAAAGAUGUAACUUUAUUAUUAUUAUUAUUAUUAUUAUUAUUAAGAACUCCCGACUGGAAUGUGAUGAUCAGGUUUUUUUUUUUAAAAAUGUGUGUAUAUAUAUAUAUAUAUAUAUAUAUAUAUAUAUAUAUAUAUAUAUAUAUAUACACCAAUUUUCCAAGUCAGAUCCUUGGCUUCAGCAUUAACAUUCCUGCUGCUCACACUAGUAGAAGUUGCUAACUUUUCUGAACCUGUAAGGAAGAAUAUAUAUAUAUUUAUUUAUAAGGAGAAAAGCCAUGAACUGUAAUUAAUCCAGUCAUCAGAGCAGGAUUUCACUUUCAUGCUUAAACCUCACCUUAGUAGGAACUAAUGCAAAGCGGUGUUUGACUGAAAUUAAAGCGUUUUCAUUAAAACUGAUAUUUUUCAGAUGUG